AGUCGAAAAAAUACGACAAGAGUGACACGAAUACGAGAACAGGUACCCCCCUAAUUCACUUUUGUACAGCACUUCGUCUCGUUUGUUGGUUCAAGAAUUGUAAAUUAAAAUGCCCGCUCCUGCAAGUUCAACAUCCGUGGGCAGCGGAUCUCGCUCGCCCAGCAAACUGUCAGCGCCACGUAGCUCCGGAGCUGGCGGUGGCAGCACCCUGAAACAGCGCAAGACCACCAGCAGCACUACGGCAGCCAGGAGCCGUGCGCCCGGAGGAGCCGGCACCGGUGGCAUGUGGCGAUUCUACACCGACGAUUCCCCCGGCAUCAAAGUCGGUCCCGUGCCCGUCCUGGUCAUGUCGCUGCUGUUCAUCGCUUCCGUUUUCAUGCUGCACAUCUGGGGCAAAUACAACCGCUCCUAAGCCAAUUCAUUCAUAGCCAAUAAAAUACUUUCACCUCAACGAACGUGAGCAGUGUGUCGACGUCAUCAUUUCUUUCACGACGAUAACAACAGAACAUAACUUUCUGCAUUCCGCCUGUUUAGUUGAGGAUUGGAAUUGAAGUGUUUUCCACAUGAAAUUAAUUAUACCUUAAGCUUAAGUUAAAACCACAUCCCGUCGACGUUAAAGCCUAAACUAAACGUAAUGCAUAUUUUCCAAA